UUCUUAAUUUCGUAGUCCCACUCAUAAAAUCUAUCUGUGCGAAACUUAUAUUCUAUAAUAAUUUUUUGGUUGUUAAGAAAGAACAUUCUCGAGAAGGAAACUUUCCCCUUCUCGUGCUCUCUCUUUCUCUAAACUCUAAGUACAAUUUUAAUCUAUAUAUUUAUUUAUAUAUUCAAUAAUGUUUUCUAUUGAUCAUAGAUUCAAACGACGAAUAGGAAAAAUAGGGAAAGAUAUUUAAUUUCACUUGGUUUUUCAUCGUAAUCGAGCGAAAGUCGAUUUAUUUAUUAUCAUUUAUUGGAAAUUAUAGAAAAACGUGAGAGAAAAACUCCGAAGAAAGUAAUUAAAUUUUUUUUCUAGAUUGAUCGAAAGGAACGACCCCGAUGACGACGAUUGUGGAUGGAUAUUUCUGUUCUUACAUUCUGGAAUUACAUCAUUUUGCUUCGGUAAUAAUGGAAGGAAAAAAGAAAGGAAAAAAAAAAAAAGGAAGAGACAUUCACGAUGUUUUGCGAAAGUUUGACAUAAAUGACGUUCAACGAUUCGAAACGUACGAAUUGCCAUGCCCUGGUCUUUUUCUCGAUUAUGAAUGUCUGCCUGAAGAACGAAUUACGUUCAAUCGGCUACCUUCCGAAUCGACUUUCGUAAGCAUCGCAGCUAUUUAACUUAUUCUCCUAGUUGGAGAAAGUUUGCGCCACUGGCUGUGUGCCCGCCUGUGUGGAUAUCAGUUUCCUAAUCCGGUGCUACAAAACCUCCCGGAAUCAAAGAAGGAAAGAGAAGAAAAAAAAAACUAGCUCUCUAUAUUCUGAUAAAACAGAAACUCCGAUACAACUUGUAAGAGAAAAAAAAAAUAAAAACAAAUAAUUAAAUAAAUAAAUAAAUUUAUUCGAGGAUUACUAUCGCAGUUUAUUCGUUUUACGUUCGAUCGAAUCAAAUUUAAUUUGAUGUAAUUUUUAUUUUUUAUUUAAUAUUAUUUUUAAUAAACAAAUUCGAAUAUUUUGCUUCUGUCAGGUUAUAUUUAUAAUAUUAUUAUUAUUCUAUCGACAAAUAUGGAUUUUUACGUUUGAAACAAGAUACCGAUAUAUAUACGUAGACGAAUUGAAUUCCGCGUUCAAGUCUCCACCUUUAAAUCAAAUCUUUAAAUGAUCAGUCUUUGAUACAGGUGAUUACGUGGUUCAAUACUAUUCUCUAGAUAGGACCAGUUUCACGAUCUUGUUAGCCACAUUAGAUGAAUGUAAAUACACACAGACCUUAGAAUUUACCGUAUCCUGAUGGAACGAGUUACAUGACAACAACUUGGUAUAAAAGAAGUGUCAACUUUCCGUGUUCACGUUAGUUCAACAGUACACGUAUCUUAAUAUGAAGCUAUUGUUGCUUCUUGGAUUGAUCAUUCUGGUCUUUGGCCAGGAAACAAUUAUCUCUACGAGAUCUAACGAUAAUAAGGAGAUAGAACAGCAAGCAACAACGAUACUCCAAGUACAACCAAACAAUCAAGAAGGCGAAGCCAACAGAAAAUUAACAAAGAGAAGCUUUGGUUGGGGUCCUUGGGGAGGUGGUUAUGGUGGUUAUGGUGGUUAUGGUUGGCCUUGGUAUGGUGGAUGGGGUGGUGGAUGGGGUGGUGGAUGGUAUGGUGGUUGGUAUCCUGGCUGGCCUUGGUGGUACGGUGGUUAUGGAGGUUGGUAUGGUCAUGGUGGAUGGUACAAAAAAUGGUAAUCUAUGAAACAUGAGGAGAUUAUCAUUAAAAAAAUACAUGUGCGUCAUCAUAUUCUCUAUAAUGAUGUCUAACUAUCGAAGAGAACUUUAAUUCAUAAUUAUGUUUACAUCUUAAAUGAAAGGAAAGUAAUUAGAAGAUCAAGUUGAUCGAAAAUAAGUGAAAAUGACGAUCCUCUAGUUAAAUUUUAACAUGUAAAGUUAACUAGUGAAUAAGUUCAAUAUC